UCAGCACACAACCUGCCUGGGAACUCCUCAGCGAUGGAGCUGCCAUUGAGUCAACGUCACUUCUUUGCAGGGACAUUCCUGCUUUUGGUGAUGUCAAACCUACUGCUGUGGGAGAAAGCUGCAGCAAUUCCUGCUUGCCAUACUAAAGAGGGAGGCUGUACGGAGCCCGUUGUGGAAACAUUUAACAAUGCUAUCAACAGAGCUGAAACAGUCUAUAAUCUUGCUGUUCAAAUAUAUCAAGAAUUUUUCCACAGUGACAGCUCUUCCAUACAUUUUAGGAAUAUUCUUACAAAAAUGAUGAGGGAGGAUUAUCCUGGUUUCAGUGCCAGAACUCACUGCCAUGCCAAGAUCACAAAUCCUCCAUAUCGGGGAAAUGAACAUAUAUAUAUUCCGACCAAAAAAUAUUUAAAAAUGCUGAUCAAUUUUGUGGGUGCCUGGGAUGCCCCUCUGUACCAUCUGGUGGUUGAACUGAGUGCCAUGGACGAUGUUCCUGAAACUAUCCUUUCAAAAGCCAAAGAGAUUGAAGAGAACAACAGAGAACUCCUGGACGACCUUAGAUGGAUACUCACCAAGGCCUAUCCUACAGAAAAGACACAGGAAAAUUUCCCACGCUGGCAACAUCUUCCAUACAUAAAAUCAAGUCUCAGAAAUGAUAAGUUUUUGGCAAUAUUUAACCUUUCCAACUGCCUACGCUCAGAUAUACAUUUCACUAUAUUUCAUCUCAAAAAACUGAAGUGUCGAAUCACCAGGAAAAAUUGUUAAGUGCACAUCAAC